CUCUGCUACACUAGAUACAACACAUAAUACUAGAAAUUUCCUUCUAAGAGAAAUGUUUUGAUGAUUUAGUCACAGUUGCUGCUAUGGAGUCGAAUGAAUGUUUGCAGGUCUUCGUACGAUGUCGGCCUUUGCUGGAAUCGGAAAUGCAGCAACCGAUACCAGUUGAAGUUCAUGCUGAAGUGAAUAAAAUUAUAGUUCGUGAUGUUGGAUGCAAUAAGAAUGCAGUGAAGGCUUACUCUUUUGAUAAAGUGUUCGGCCCUGAAGCUGGACAAGCUUUGGUAUACAAUAACGUCGCUGCUCCACUUAUUCAAGAAGUUCUUAUGGGAUUUAACUGCACUAUACUUGCUUAUGGACAAACUGGAACUGGAAAGACUUUCACUAUUGAGGGCGAUCGCAAUGCUGCAUUAAAUAAUACCACAGAACACUCUAAAGCUGGUAUUAUUCCUCGAUCCAUGAAGCAUAUAUUUGAAGAGCUCACGAGGCAGAAAUAUGAUUUUGAAGUCAGCGUUAGUUUCUUAGAAUUAUAUAAUGAAGAGAUAUUUGAUCUGUUAUCCAAAGCUGAUGAUUUAACGAAACUCAAGUUGUAUGACAGCGCUAAAGGUUCUGUCACAGUUCAAGGUCUGGAAAUGCGGAAGGUUAAAAGCAUGCAAGAUGUAUACGACGUAUUGGAGAAAGGUUGUAAAAAGCGGAGGAAAGCUGCCACACUUCUGAACAAAAUGUCGAGCAGAAGCCAUACAGUUUUUACUGUGGUUGUGAAAAUGAGAGAGCAUUCUUCGACUAUAGAGAAGACAAAAAUCGGGAAACUGAAUCUAGUUGAUUUGGCAGGAAGUGAAAAUAUUGGCCGAUCUGGAGCUGUAGAAAAACGAGCUAGAGAAGCAGGUAAUAUUAAUCAGAGUUUACUUGCACUUGGACGAGUCAUCACAGCAUUGUGUGAGAAUGCAAUUCACAUUCCUUACCGAGAAAGUAAGCUGACUCGCCUUCUGCGAGAUUCUUUAGGGGGUCAAACGAAAACGACUGUCAUUGCCACUAUAUCACCAUCUAUUUUUCAUUUAGAUGAAACUUUGAAUACUUUAGAAUAUGCCUUGAGGGCUAAAAACAUCAUGAAUAAACCAGAAGUUAACGCCCAAGUUUCUGCAACAGCUCUUACGAAGGAGUAUUUAGGGAAGAUCUGUGCUCUGGAAAGAGAGAUAAAGGAAUUAAGUUCCAAAGGGAAUUUUCAAGUUCAUCCAGAUAAUUUGAAAUAUUUAGAUACUGCUUUACAAACCAAAUCCAGAGAAAUAAGAGAAGAACUUGAAAUGAAAGAGAAACUGAUGGCAGAAUCUCUAGAGCUGGAUGAAGCCAUUCUUAAAGCAACGGAAACCUUGCGCUUAAAGGAAUUGGAGUGGAAGAAAUGUAUAAGCGAUCAAGAAGAAAUAGCCGAAAGAUUGACAAAAGAACAAAAGGAGAUUCAGAUUGAAGAGAGAGAGCUGCAUAUUUUGAGGCCAGUGAAGGCUAAAUUACACGAGAAAUUGCACAAAGUAACGAAAGAAUACGAAGAAAUCAAAAAUGAAGUGAAAAAAAUGGAAGAAAGAACAUCAGAAGUUGUAAAUGAGAACUCUCGCCUUCGAAAACAAUAUUCUAGCAUGUGCAGAGCACAAAGAAAUUUUAAUGAAGCCUUAUUGCAGUUCAAAAAUCGACUCAUGAAUUGUAUAAAUGAAAUACAAAAGAAUAUUGUGUGCGAAAAAACUGAAUGCGACAAGUACUUGUCAUCAUUGAAUGGUGGAUUCGAUUCCUUUACAGAUAGCGCUGAAAAAUUGAAUCAUCAGUUUGAGAAUGUAAUAAAUGAUGUCGAAAAACUGAAGAGUAACUUGCAUGAAGCUUUAAAGGAAGCUCUCCGAAAUGAAGAAAUUAAAGCGAAAGAACGUCGAUCAGAUAUAGAAUCCAGUGCUUCUACCCUUAUACCCUGCAACUUCGAGUCGCUUCAACCACUAUUGACCAACUGCGAAGAAAAUCUGCGUAACUUAUUUCAAUCUCUAACACACUGGAGAGAUACACUUAUGCAAAAAUUGACUAGACAGGAAAAUCAGCUAAACAUCUAUCUAUCGUCAGAAGAUCAACAUUUAAGCGAAUUAAGGGAUUCUUGUAAAGAUGUAACCAAGAAGCAGGAGGAAUUUAUACACGAGUACAAUGAAUUGAUAUCUGGAGCAUUAUCGAGCGAAAAUGAACGCAAAAAGAAAUUUGAUGAAAAAAUAAGUGUUUUAGAGGAAGCUGUGGAACAAAUGCAAAAAAUUUUCACAGAAAUGUUGGACGACGAUAUUGAGAAAAGUAUUUUGGCUCAUGAUAUAUUCAGAGAACAUGCAGAGGGUGAAAUGCGCAAUGUUGAGUCUUUAAUAACAUUCUGCGAGUCUUCUAUGAAAUCAACAGAAUCCUUUAAAGAAGAAACAUCGUUCACGUCGAACGAAACUUUAAAAGAAAAAAUGGAAGAUAUGCGAGGAAGUGCUAAUAACGCUAUUGCAAAUUUCAAGGAACUUCUCUCGGAAUUCACAAACUGUGUUCAGCAAACAAAGCUUUCAGACGAAAGUAUAACGGCAUUGGAACAGCGAAUUUUAGAUGAUAAAUCAAGAAGAACAGAAAUGCCAAGUAUAACAUCUAGCAUUCAGAAUUUCAAGGAAAAUCUUAUGGAAAAAGAUCAAUACAUCAGUACUUUAUACAGUGAACAUGAAACUGAACUAAAAACCAUCGAAACGAACGAAGUUGCAGCUUUGAAAGAAGCACAAGAUGCCUUUAAUCAUUUGCAUGUUACUUUCACAGAAGGCGUUUCGAGGAAUAUUUCUAGUAUAGAAACAAGUGAUACGUCUGGUUUUUCUUGGAAUGAAGAUAUUAUUAAAGAUGAUGAUCCUGAGACAACUCUAUUGUCUGCUGAAGAUAAUUCGAGUCGAGAAGGAACUUCAGUUUUGGAUGUCACGUUCACUCUUUCGCAAGAAAAUAUAAACAACGAGAAUGAGACAGGCUGCAAAUUUUGCAAAAACAAGGACGACACGAUCGCUCCGCAGCCUUUGUCUACAAGUAUAUCUAAAGCAAAACCAAGCAAAUCUAAUACGUCAAAAACUUCAAAAUAUAGAAAGAAUAAAAAGGAAGCCACGUAUUCAGAUCUGGUUGAAAAGUGGUGCCAAGAAUUGUUUACUGAAGAUAUGAACGACGAAUCAUCUGAAAGCGACAGACCCAACAAUACUUCAUAACGCUUUUGAUUUUACAUUCCCCUAAACUUUAUCAGUCAAGAUCAAGCUCCAAUUGAUCGUUUAUUAUUUAUCAUUUUUUAAUUUCUUUAUAAUUUUAAUAUUUUAAUGAAAUCUUUUAAAGAUGAAUAAAGUUUAAUUUUAGUCUGAUGGAAGGGAAAGUUUAUACCUGAAAAUUAAGCAAUUUUAAUGGAAUUUUUAUCUGUUGUAAAUCGCUAGUGAAUGUCUAAGUAAAAAGCCACAAGCAUUUUGCUAUUUUUUUAAACUUUUAUGAUAAUAAAAUUCC